AUGUGCUUUUUUUCAGGUGGAAAAUCUCGACUAUUUCGAGUUAUUCCUAUUAGUGAUAAAUUAUUAUUUCUAAAAGAAAAUUCCUUUAAUAAUGUAAAUAAUUUAAUAUAUAAACGAUGUUUAACAACUGGAAAAAGUAGUCCAAAAACGAUUAAUGAAGCUAAUGUUCAUAAAAAUAUUUAUCAAACACCCAUAGUCCAACAACAAAUACCUACAUCAGAUGAUCACAAAAAUAAACAAUCAUCAGAGCCUACUACGAACAGUACAACAAUAACAAAUGAUGAUAAUAUUUGGUCAAGACAACCUUCACGUGAUAUACAUGUUUCUCCUCUCAAUGUUAAUACUUCAACAGGAUUGAUUUCAACAUCUACGAAAGAUGGUAAGAAUUCUCACGAAACUAAAGUUCAUACUACACAAGGUGAAUUAAAUAUUACUGAUCGAUUUAAAACAUUCAUUUCACAAUCAGAUAUUACAUCAGCACAAUUAGCUAAAGCAGCUGCUGUUUCAGCAUUUGAACAAGUUGCACCAAAUACACCUUUAACAUCAUCAACAAGAACAACAGAAGCUAGUUUUGCACCAAAAAUUUCUUCCACUAAUACUUAUUCAAAAUCAUCUUCCAUAGCUGCAGAUCUUCAUUCUUCUAUAUCAUUACCGUCACAAAAUACUAAAAUAAAAUAUGAAACAAUAAAUCAAUCAAAAGUAUCCGGUGGACAAGAUACAUUCGGACAAACAAUAAACCAUCCAAGAGAAGAUCUUUUCUAUAUAAAAGGAAAAAAUAAUACAAGUGAUUCCAAUGAAAUACUUAUCCAACAAGAAAUUGCAAUACGCAAUCAGAUAUUACGUGAAUCUCUUAACUUUGUUCACGAAAAAGGAUGGACAAUUGAAGCAAUUCGUGCUGGUAUAAAGAAAUGUAAUCAACCUGAUACAACAGAAGGUUUAUUUUAUAACGGUUAUGAUCUUGUCGAAUAUUUUAUGCGUACUUCAAAUGCUAAAAUGGCAGUUUAUAUGAAUGAAUUGACUAAUAAAGAUCAUAUUGAAGGAACUCGGUUACUUAUUGAAGGAUUGAAAUAUCGAUUGAAACUUGUUAUACCUUAUGCUGAUACUUGGGAACAGGCAUUAGCUCAAAAAGGUUUACCACCAAACGCUAAGCGUGCAUGGAAAAGUUUAUUAGAUUUAGCCAAUCAAGCUUGGCUUAGUAUUGGUGAUACAUCAACUGAUAUGAAAUGGUAUACAAAACGAAUCUCAAUUGCUACGAUAUAUCGUAGUGCAGAAAUUUAUAUGCUUCAAGAUAAAUCACCAAAUAAAAUAGAAACAAUGAAUUUUAUAGAACGACAUUUAGGUGAUUUCGAAACACUGGAUACUAUUCGAACUUCGGUUUCACAAUCUUUAUCGGAUACAGCACAAGUUGCCAGUGGACUACUCACAGUGGUUCGUAGUAUGACAAAUCGUCAUAAAUGA